CCGGGGCCGCGGCCGGCGGGGCUGCACGGCAGCACGUGGGUAGCCGSGCUGCGCGCUGGUUCUCGGGCCGCCUCGGCGGAGCCCGCUCCUCGCCGGGCAUGAGCCGCUACCUGCUGCCGGCGUCGGUGCUGGGCACCGCGGUGGGUGGCGCCGUGCUGCUCAAAUUCGGGACGAUACUGACUGCAGAGUAGUGACACACCACGGGGACCGCGCCAUUCCUUGUUAACUCGCGGGAGUCGCGGAGUGGGAAGCUUCCUGUUCCCGGCGUCUGGAUCAGGAACCCCAGUCUUCCCAACACCUUGUGCUUGGAACCCUGUUUUGUUUCUACCUUUGAAACAAAGGAGACUAUGUUGCUGGUGGGACUUGUCCCAGCAAGGCCACCAUACCCGGGAAGACAGUCAUCGUGACGGGAGCCAACACAGGCAUCGGGAAACAAACUGCCUUGGAACUGGCCAGAAGAGGAGGCCAUGUCAUCCUGGCCUGCCGAGACAUGGAGAAGUGCGAGGCCGCGGCCAGGGACAUCCGCGGGGAGACCCUCAAUCACCGCGUCAGCGCCCGGCACCUGGACCUGGCUUCCCUCAAGUCCGUCCGGGAGUUUGCUGCGAAGGUCAUUGAAGAGGAGGAGCGGGUGGACAUUCUGAUCAACAACGCUGCCGUGAUGCGGUGCCCGCACUGGACCACUGAGGACGGCUUCGAGAUGCAGCUCGGCGUCAACUACCUGGGUCACUUCCUCUUGACGAACCUGCUGCUGGACAAGCUGAAAGCCUCGGCGCCUGGGCGCGUGGUCAACCUCUCGUCCCUGGCCCACGUCGCCGGGCACGUGGACCUCGAGGACCUGAACUGGCAGAGRAGGAAGUACGACACCAAGGCCGCCUACUGCCAGAGCAAGCUGGCCCUGGUCCUCUUCACCAAGGAGCUGAGCCGGCGGCUGCGAGGCACGGGUGUGACCGUCAACGCGCUGCACCCUGGUGUGGCCAGGACAGAGCUGGGCAGACACACGGGCAUGCACAGGUCCACCUUCUCCAGCUUCACACUYGGGCCCAUCUUCUGGCUGCUGGUCAAGAGCCCCCAGCUGGCAGCGCAGCCCAGCACCUACCUGGCCGUGGCGGAGGAACUGGAGGGUGUUUCCGGAAAGUACUUUGAUGGAUUCAAAGAGAAGGCACCAGCUSCCGAGGCUGAGGAUGAGGAACUAGCCCAGAGGCUUUGGGCUGAAAGUGCCCGCUUGGUGGGCUUGGACAUGUCUCGUGGGUCCCCUGUGAGGGGACAGUCCCUGUCCAKGUCACCUCUGGAGCAGGUUUGAAAGCCACUUGGGUCUCCAGGAUGGAGGAGCUUCAGGAUCCAGGAUGCUGCCAGCCUUGCCUCUGUCAUUCUCUGGGGGACAGUGUUGGCACCAUGUGAGCCUCAAGAACCAGGGUGGAGGCUGCCAUACCCUCGCCA